GCUAGAGGAGAGGACGUUUCCGCACUCGCCUAAUUACCGUCAAAAAGCACAACCCACAUAGUUAAUAAGUUUCCUAUUGCUUGUUAUUACUAUUAACGUACUUAGUCAUAAUAAGCUACAGUAGUUGUGAGAUUGAAACUUGGAAAAUAACAACGAUUCGUUUCGUAGCAACCGUUAUUAGUAAACACAAAUAAGUUUCAAAUGUGUCCGGUUUCAACAAUAUAAUAUUAUAAAAUUAUGGGUAGUUGAUGUCGACGGAGUCUAAGACAUAAGAAUUAUAAGAUUUUCACUAGCAGCCACCACUUGGUAUUAAAAAAAUAAAUUGGUUCUAAUCGGUUAGGUCACACAACUAUAUCGUGCCUGGUUAGGUUAGGUUAGGUAUAAUAUAUUUGUCGUCAAAAAGUCUGAGGAAGUGCAUUUAUAGGUGCUACCAUGGCGACCAGUGUAUAUACAAAGCCAGAGUGUCAGAAACAUAUGGUUUGACACAAAGUAAUGCAUUUAGAAUUAGGAAUUCAGAUUGUCACUAACUAACGAAUUUGAAUUGCAUUGCUAGUACUAAAUUGUUCUCGGUGAAAUACAAUGACGUCUACGUCUCAGAGAAAUGGUCAAACCAUACUUGAAUUGGCUAUGUCUUCAAAGAAUGUUACAUCCGACAUGGUACCGGUAGAGAGAACUUUGUUAGUAAUUGGGAGUAAAAAUGCAGGUAAAACAUCAUUAAUACAUUCAUUUUUUGACAAAAAUGAAAAACCAAAACCCACAUUGGCCUUGGAAUAUUCAUUUGCAAGAAGAUCUGGAAAAAGUUUAACAAAGGAUAUUUGUCAUGUUUGGGAAUUGGGUGGUGGCUUAGUUUUCAAAGAUCUAUUAUCCGUGAUAGUACAAAAAACGAGAGGCCGACGUUUGAGCGUCGUGUUAGUAUUGGAUCUAUCAAAGCCUGAUAUUCUUUGGAACACUAUGGAAAUGCUUCUAGAAGAAAUUAAGAAACACUUAGAUGAUGUACCAGAGAUUGAAGAGUAUAAUCAGAUUAAUGUCAAAAAUGUCGAGGAUAAAAAGUUUAUGUUUCCAUUGCCCAUACCAUUAAUGAUCGUUGGAAGUAAAUACGAUGUAUAUCAAAAUUUCGAACCUGCUAAAAAACGCGUGCUAUGCCAGUGUCUACGAUACGUGGCACACACUUACGGAGCCUCGUUGAUCUUCUACGGUGUAAACGACGCAGUUCUGGUGAAGAUAUCCAAAGAGAUGAUGUCACAUUACGGGUUUGGAACACCUUAUCCAAAGAACCAUAUCUAUGAUUCAAAUAAACCACUCUUAGUGCCUGCAGGUUCCGAUUGUUUUGAUAAAAUAGAUAACCUCAACGAAGCUGGAAGUAUUAGGUCAAUGCAUAAGUACAAGAGCGUAUUUGCUUCUAAUUUUAAACAGAUGCCAUUAGAAUCUGGUAUCACACAAGCACCAAGUACAGAGAAUACAGAUCCAUUAAACGACCCCAAUUACGCCGACCCGUUGAUAGACGAAUCGUUAAAAAAAAAACAAGAGGUUUGUGAUAAAAAUAUUUCCAUGACCGAAUAUAUAAUAUUAUUAGAGUUUUGACAAUUUUUACAUAAACAAUUAUUCGAAUACCAUGUUAUCGAAUAAAAAUGGUUUGAUUGAUUUUUUUUACAAUUAUUUGAAUAAAUGAUUAUUCGAAAAAUUAUUUGAACACAAUGGUUUUUUUAAAAAAAUAUUUCGUUAAAUAUUUGAA